UCCUCUUAUUUCCCUGGCAAAUGUUGUCACCACAACCAGACUCAUUUCUCUCCUCCUCCUCCUCCUCCUCUUUCUCUUCCUCCUCUGUCCUCUGACAGACAUCCCACAAUUCCUGCCUACACGACAGAAGUCCCACAUAUUCCUAAACAAAUAAGAUGCCAUGGAGGCCACCAGAAGAGUAGCCUUAUACGUCUUGCCUGUCCUGUUCAUCCUAACAGACGUCAGCAGCAGGUUCAUCCACAUUCCCUCCCUGGUUCGUCAUGGGACUGAACAGAACCCCCUGCUUCUGUCAGUGGAGACCUCGUUUUCCUUGGAUGUGGCUAAGAUCCAGGGAACAUGGUCUCACACCAAUCCCAGUGGCACCAGGACGGUGCUGGUCACAUUUACCAACAGCACUAAAAUCAUUAACAUGGUCCGUCGCAACCACCUCCUCUUCGAACCACCCAAGGUUUCUUUGCUUAUCCUGAGAUUAAACCAGGAUGAUGAAGGGGAUUAUCAUCUGAGCCUUAAUGUAGAGUUCCACAACCGGACAGUCAUCACAGAGGACAAAGUGAUUCAUGUAACGGUAGACGUCCCUGUCUCUGGCCCACUCAUUGAGAAGACCCCAUCUUAUCCAGUCAUAGAAGACAAAGCCAAUGUAACCUGGACUUGCUCUGUUCAGAGAGGAACAAGGGUUGUGUUCCAGUGGCAGAGGGACGGGCUCCCACUGAAACCCAGUGACAGACACCACUUCAGCCAAGACAACUCCAUGUUGCUGAUUAACCCGGUUAAAAAAGAAGACAGGGGAGCUUAUUGCUGUGUGGUCAACAACUCAGUGAGCCAGAGCAAGUACAGCAGGACCAUGGAUCUCAGCAUUUACUAUGGCCCAUACAACCUGAAAGUGAACUCUGGCCAAGGCCUUCGCACAGGAGAGGUGCUCACCAUCAACCCUGGAGAGCUGGUCUUCCUGGAAUGCCAAGCAGAUUCCAACCCACCAAACAGCUAUGUCUGGAUCUCCAAGAGUCACAAUGAGAGUGAAAUCAUCACAGAGGGCCCACAGCUGGAGGUCCAGCUCUACAGACUGGCCCAGGCCGAGGAGUACCUGUGUCGUGCUUUCAACAAUGAGACGCAGAAGCAGGACGAGGCCCAGUUUACUCUGGUGGUGGCCAGCUUGGGAACAGGGAAAGAAAAACACACCCAAGAUGGUGUCUCUGUGUCUCCAGUAGCAGUCAUCGCUGUCUGCUCUCUGUUCAUCAUUAGCUGUGUGCUGCUGUUCUUCAUCAGGAGAACGUGUCAUCCUAAAAGAGUUCUCAUGAGCAUUUACAACAGACCAUUUUCUGAGCAGAAACGACCACAUCGCUCAGGUCAUGAAGAUGCAUCAGAGGACUUUGGCAUCUAUGAGUUUGUUUCCAUACCAGGCAAAAUGGAGUCUACUCAGGCGUCAUGCAGAUCUCUUGCUCGGCUUGAGUCGAUACAAGACAUGCACACCACCAUCUACGAUGUGAUCAGACACGUUCCCGAAUCCCCCAGUCAGAGUUUGCUGAACUAAUUACUUGGUGGAAACUUGAGAGGCUGUUUAAACAAUGGAAAACUUCCAUUUGGCUUUAUUGCUUCAAGUUUUUGUCUCUAAAGCCUGACGCUCCAUGUUUUGUUGCCCUACUUUGCACAAGGGAUGAAGGAGACCUGUUGGGUACAAAACCUGAUUCUGCACUGUUACUGUUGAAGUCUGACACAGACCAUUAACGUCUGCUAUACUUGAUGUUAUUUAAGGAUAAACAUGUGUGUCAGGGCUGAUACUUCUAAAAUGUGAAAUGUGAGUGACAUUUUUUUAUUUCAUUCAAGAGUGAAAAUGUUUAAAUCAAGCAGGUCAUAGAUGCCAGUUAAAAUCACUUUGAAUGGACCAAAGAUAGAAAGUCCAACACACUGGUUCUAAAACAAAGAAAUGUGUUUUUGAGUCUGACUGAUUUGUUUUUAAUUACGUUUCAUGCUGGGCGAGAAAAGAACACCUUUUCUGGAAAGAAAAAUAUUCAGCUUUAUUGUAAAUAUUAUAGAUUAAUUCUUCUGAAAAAGUCUUAAUACAAAUUAUUCCAUCAGGCUGUUUUGCUGAAACUCUUUUAGAAGCUCCAAAUUAACCAAUAAAUUCAAUGAACCAAAGAAAUAAAUAAAUAAAAUAAAAACAGGGAGAAUUAAACUGUCCUUAUGGUGACUUUGAAUUGUUUAGAAUUUUCCUAUUUAUUCUAUCUUUUUUGUUAAAAACAAUGGUAAAUUUUAGGAAGCAGUUUUUUAAUUGAGAUUUUAUAUCUAACUGCGCUAUUUCAUAGAUUUCUAUUUCAGGGGCCCAGAUAGAAAAGUGUUCUAGUUUUCACACACACACACACACACACACACACACACACACACACACACACACACACACACACACACACACACACACACACAUAUAUAUAUAUAUUUGAACUAAACAUUGCUCCAGAAGGUUAUGUUGCUCUAAUUAUCUGAUAGGAUCAUCGUUCAAUGUGAGAGGCAGAAUAGUGUCAUGCAACCUUCUGUUGCAUUUCUGUCUUUGAACGGCCCAUUUCCUUGUUUUUGAGGAAAAAGUCUAGGUGAGCUAGAGUUAGGGGAAAAUCCAUGACUGAAAGAAGUUACAGGAAGAGGAAACAUAUCAUAAAUAAAAUUUUAAUAAUGAAACCAGUGUGAUGACCCCAUAAUUUACUUCUGGAAAAAGGUAGAAUUCUGGAUUAUGUUUUGGUAUCUUGUGGUGGGAGGAUGAUGGACCAAGACAGAGCUGAGCUGAAAGGCAAGUCUUUUAAUUUACUAAUUCCCUCAUCUGACCAUAGACCCCAUUGGGCACUGUAGAGCGUAACAGCGUUACCACCAUAUUGGAUGGGUGUCCUCACUCUCCCAACUAUGCCUGUAAUUUGUACAACCUACGGUUGCAACAACCGGCGCACUAUUGAAAACAGAUCAUGAAGGACUUUUCCAAGCCUUCCUGUUGGGAUUUUAUAUUUAAAUUUUUUAAUAUUAUUUAAUUUAAUUAUAUUUAUAUUUUAACUAUCACGCCAUACCAUGUGUCUGAUGUGGGAAGACGUAAUGAAGUUUGUUUUUUAGUUGGAUAAACACCUUCCUCAGGAGAAAUGCACUUGGGCCAAAUGGAGACCCAUCAAAGAUGGCGGCCGGUCACUACAGCAGCUUCAACAGGAAGCGCCAGUCCACGGGGCAUCUACGCAUAUAGGGAGCCUAAGUCUCCUCCCUUUCCGGUCAGUUCAUGGGUCCCCGGACGAACGAAAAAGUGAAUGCAAGUCAACAGGGCUAAAAACGCUAUUUUCUAAUCCGAUUUGCCUUAGACCCUGGAUCGCACAUAUGUUGUACUGCAAUUUAAAUGAAAACUAUUGAUGGGUGUUUUGACCACGCCUGUCACGUACUUUGAGAUUUAUCAGCUUGUAAAAGUUUGUAAUUUGACCGACUACAUCAGCACGUCGCAUAUGUAACGUCACCACAUAAUCUCCUCUCCCCUAGUGUAGCUUCUACUUACCACAUGGCCAGAUUUAUGGUGGUUCUUUCCUCCUGUGGGAAGGAUUUAAAGUUUGCUGAACUUACAGCCAUUUUCCCUCUGUUUUUCUCCAUGCCUAGUCCGAUGACGUCACUUUUGUGGUGCACAUUUGUAGUCCUGAACUUAUUUUCACACAGAACCUAAAAUAGCGUUUCCCCCCCCAUUCAAAAAUAAAUGUGUUCUUGGUAUCAAAAUGCACAUUUAAAAUUCACGGACAUCAUAUGUGAAAUCCAUGAAACAUAACACGGAAUUAGAAAAUAGCGUUUUUAGCCUGUUGACUUGCAUUCAUUUUUCCAUUUAUUUCAGGGACCUAUGGUCCGGAAGUAGAUGGGCAUGACUUAGGCUCCCAAAAUGUCUGUGCACCUGAAAGUAUGGGUGUUUCUCAAUGUCAAGGCGUCUGGCCUUGCGAGGUGAUGUCUUGCAAGGCCAGGCGCCUUACUUACAAGGACGCUGUCCUUCCUUGGUCAAAGAAAACGGUGAAAUGGAACAGACUUGUAUCACGUUACUGCGGCUUCCACGGCAGUCACGUAACGUCACGUGACACGGGAGAUAAUGUUUUAUUUUAUACGUAUUAGUUUCAAUAUAAAUAUAUAAUGAGCUUUUUACUUUUUAAAUUGUGUAUAUAUUUGUUAAAUAAAAUAUAUAAGUGAGUUACUACCCGCUAGCCACCGAAGCUGCAACUAAUAAGCAACUAACCAUAGAUAACUUCUUUGGAUAUACAAAAAACAUUUUAAAUUAGUUGACUUACUUUUAAACUUGAAAUUUGCCCCGAAGUAGCUGCUGGCUUCUGACCCACCAUCCUUUUGAAAAUACUGCAGUGUAUUCUGGGUAAUUUUUGACCAAGGCUAGGCUACAAGGCACCUCUCGUGUAUCCUUGCUCAGCUAGCUAAACGGCUAACAAACGGAGAACAGACACCUUGGUAGAACACGAACACUGUAACACGCCCUGGCGGCUCCUGAUGACGCAUCUCCUAUGCAACCGGGACGGGGCCAAGACAUCAAGGCAAGGUUACUCGGCAUUGAGAAACACCCACAUUUGGCUCACGACCAAAGAGGUUCUAGCUUCAGGUUGUCUAUAUUUGACCCUGUUUCCUCGUGUUGACUUGAUUUACCUCUGCUCGUCAUGAAUAAAACUAACUCUUUAAAUAAGAAAAAUUAUUAUUAAUUCAACACAAUUAUUGUACAGUUUGCAUUUGUGUGAUUGUUUUCUACUUUAUUAAAUACAUGUUUCCCUG